UUCUUCAUUUACAUAUUAUCUACCGUAGUCAAGCCCAUCCGAUUCUUCCGCUUUCCUCAAAUCACAAGGAUCGCAAAAGAUGUUGUUUUCAAUCUGAUAGGAUCGCAAAAGAUGUUGCCAAGAUGUAGCAGAGUGCUCAGCUCACUAAACUACAUAACACAUAGAAACCAUUUUCAUGGCGUUUCUUGCCGAAGCUAUGCCAUGGCUUGUUCUGCUGCAACUGUGGCUCCAGCUCCUACUUCUACCAAACAAACGGUAAUUUUGGAUAAAAUAUUUUAGUCUAAGCCUUGUUCCUUGGCUUUGCCCCCAGAUUCCCCCCAUAGAAUUGAAGAGCCACAUUAUGAGGGUAUUAAGCGUUUUAUUCUCAAGCUCAUGUUGUUUUAUAGUAAACAAAGCAAGUCUAUUCGAGGUGCAAAUGUGAUAUACCGACGAGUUGUUUUACAGGUUGAUAAACCUGCCAUAUAUGAUGUAUUUAACUUGGAGAAAACGUUUAGAAUGACAUUCUCACUGCUUGUACUUCAUAUGUGGUUUGUUCUGCGUCGCUUAAAAGAAGAGGGGAAGGAAGGUGUUGAGCUUGGUCAAUAUCUGUAUGAGAUCUACAAUCAUGAUGUGGAGCUGAGAGUAUCUAAAGCUGGGGUUAACUUGUUGUUGUCAAAAUGGAUGAAGGAGUUGGAGAAAAUAUUCUAUGGAAAUAUUGUUGCUUAUGAUGCUGCUAUGCUUCCAGAGGCUAAACAGGAUGAGCUACAAAAUGUAAUAUGGAGGAAUGUCUUUUCUGAUGAUGGUACAUCAAAGCCAGAUGAUUCUGCAUUAAGGGCAGUUCAGGCAAUGACAAUGUAUGCCCGUCGGGAAGUCAGUUGCCUGUCUUUAACUGGUAAGUCAGCGUUCCUAUUUUCUCUGAUAUGAUUUGAUGCUGAUAUGCUGUGUAUCUCUUGGGAUAAAAAUUUUGUUAUGCUGUUUGACAAAGUUGAGAAUUCAUUGGGCAGAUAAAGAAGCAAUGUUUUCUGGGAAUUUCAUGUUCACCCCAGUAGGGACUACAAGAUCUGGUCCAGUAACAAAGUAAAAUGGAAGCCAAAAACUGAGUAUCCAUUAAUGCAUAAUGGACAUUAUGUUAAAAGAAUUCUUGCAGGAGUAAGAGAUCGGUGCAUUGUCAUCUGAAGCGUUAAAUUCCUUAUAAACUUAUGUUUAACUGAUUUUAUGAUUGAGUGAUUAAGCUGGUCAAUGGUGAUGAUUUUUCAUGAUCGUUGAUUGCUUAACUGUAUAACAAUUGAAUUCCAUUUUUUUAAUUUUUUGGGGUGAACAGCCCAGAGGGAAAAUAUAACACUUGGAUUUGAUAAUAAGGUGGAAUAAUAGUGCAUCUGUAGUGUUAUAUAUUUCAAGUUAUAGCAUUUAUCUGAAA